AUAGCCGUCCAAAUCCUGAGCAAAAGCUUCCAAAAGAUGACUGCUCGAUCUCUCAACUCUGACAAAAAGAAAAAAAAAUAAACACCCCUCGACGAUUAAACUUACUCUCAUCUUUGAAGAAACGACUCUUUAAUACUCCCAACUCUCUUUUUUCUCUCUUUUCUGCCCUUUUUCUCUACUUUACUUCUCACUUUUCACCAUUUGUUCUUUUCUCUUCUGUGUUUGAUUAUCGUAUUUCUUGUAGACUUAACUAAUUUCUAUAAUCAAUUUGAAUGAUUACUUUACUUUCUAAGAGAUUUCUUACCAAAAUGAAGCCAGAUUUAUCAGUGUUUUUACUUUUCUGUUUUCUACUCUUUCUUCUUCACUCCGCCAUUUCUGCUCCACAAAAGGCCUUUGUAGGUGUCAACAUAGGACUGGAUAUUUCUGACGUGCCCUCUCCAACUCAGGUGGUUGCCCUUCUCAAAGCACAAAAUAUUCGACAUGUACGGCUUUUUGAUGCUGACCGGGGUAUGCUACUUGCUCUUGCCAACAGUGGAAUCGAGGUCAUUGUCUCUGUUCCUAACGAGCAAAUUCUUGGAAUCGGGCAAUCGAAUGCUACUGCAGCCAACUGGGUAGCUCGAAAUAUUUUAGCUCAUGUACCUGCUACCAACAUCACAGCCAUUGCUUUGGGUUCUGAAGUUCUUACCACCCUUCCAAAUGCUGCUCCAAUCUUAGUCGAUGCCAUGACAUACAUUCAUUCAGCCCUUGUUGCCUCAAAUCUUCAUUCUAAAAUCAAGGUGUCAACUCCACAUGCUUCUUCAAUUAUACUCGACUCAUUUCCACCCUCCCAAGCUUUCUUCAACCGUACAUGGGAACCAGUCAUGGUCCCCUUGCUAAAAUUCCUACAGUCUACAGACUCAUAUCUCAUGCUUAAUGUGUACCCUUACUAUGAUUACAUGAAGUCACAUGGUUUCAUCCCAUUGGACUAUGCCCUUUUCCGUCCUCUUCCUCCAAACAAAGAAGCCAUAGAUGCCAACACUCUGCUGCAUUAUACCAAUGUUUUUGAUGCUGUUGUUGAUGCUGCAUAUUUUGCCAUGACCGAUCUGAACUUCACCAAUGUUCCAAUUAUUGUGACGGAAUCAGGUUGGCCUUCCAAGGGUGAUGCAUCUGAGCCUGAUGCCACCAUUGAAAAUGCUAAUACAUAUAAUAGUAAUCUCAUUAGGCGGGUUUACAACAACACAGGGACACCCAAGCAUCCUGGGAUAGCAGUAAGUACAUACAUAUAUGAAUUGUACAACGAGGAUUUAAGGCCCGGAUUACUCUCAGAGAAAAACUGGGGCCUUUUUGAUGCUAAUGGUGUCCCAAUCUAUGUUCUGCAUCUAACUGGUUCAGGGACGGUAUUUGCAAAUGACACCACGAACCAAACGUACUGUAUCGCAAAGGAAGGUGCAGACCCGAAGAUGCUUCAGGCAGGGUUGGAUUGGGCCUGUGGGCCCGGAAAAGUUGACUGUUCUCCUUUGUUGCAGGGAGAACCUUGUUAUGAACCUGAUAAUGUUGUUGCCCAUGCAAAUUAUGCUUUUGACACUUAUUACCAUAUAAUGGCCAUGGCACCUGGUACAUGUUACUUCAAUGGAGUGGCUACUAUCACCACUUCCGAUCCAAGUCAUGGCUCAUGUAUAUUUCCUGGAAGUGGUGGAAGGAACGGAACCGUGGCAAAUAGUACAGCGCUCGCUCCAUCAGAAAGCUCGAUGAGCUCUGGUACUCCAUAUCACUAUCGUCAGAGUUAUACCCGGAUAAUUGCAGUCAGCAUAAUCGUUUGGUAUGCACUUUCUUUGUGAUGUAAAACUCAGAAUUCUGGACACAACUCACAACUUCAUUGGUUUGAUUGUUUUGAGAAUGUUGCCACAAACCCAAUUUUGUUUGUAGAGAAGGGUCUAAGAUGGCACAUUUUGUAAUUUUUUCCCUGAUGGAGACUUUAACAAUAUUCAUGAGUAAUUAACUGUUGCAAAUUUAAGAACA